CUCUAAUUCACAUGUCUCGACCACGUUGCCAACAGUAUGCCCAGGCGCAGCAGCAACUCGUUAUUUGCACGCAAUUGUUGAAUGGUUCUAAAGACGAGAUCGGCGUUAAACAAACAUUGGACCUCGGAGUCGAAGUUGAGGGAGCUUUCGACCCCUUGAUCAAUCGCAAACUGAUUUCCCAAACACCUCCGCGACCAAUCCGGCUAUUUACAAUACAGGAGUCUAUUGACGAAAUGACUAACAUACUUCAAAGUCUUAAUGCAACGUGUGGCAUUAUUGAUUAUAAGUCGGCGACUAGCUUGACG